UUUUGAUUGACUAUUCUUUUGGGUUAGUUCCUCAUGAGUCCCGGCUAUACUUCUUUCGUCAAAGGGAGAUACAAGUUGUCUGGUUCCAAGCUCCUCCAAAAAUGCUAUGAAUUUAUUGCUAUUCUGGUUUUCUUGGGAUCGUGUUCUUAUAUUCACUCAUGGGCCUUAAUCAGACCCAUCUCCGAUUUGUUUCUCUUCUUCGUUCCAAGACUCUGUUUCACAUAAAUCUUCAAGCCAUGAAAACAAGAAAGAUUUUUGGGAUUUCUCUUUCUCUCAUCCUUAUAAACUUGGCUGCUAUCAUGGAGCGAGCUGAUGAAAAUCUCCUUCCUUCUGUUUACAAAGAAGUCAGUGAAGCUUUCGAUGCAGGGCCAUCUGAUUUGGGUUAUCUUACUUUCAUAAGGAACUUUAUGCAGGGACUGGCAUCACCCCUGGCAGGUGUACUAGUUAUAAGUUACGACCGCCCUGCAGUUCUUGCAAUGGGGACAUUAUGCUGGUCCUUAUCAACUGCUGCAGUGGGUGCAAGCCAGCAUUUUCUGCAAGUUGCAUUCUGGAGAGCAGUAAAUGGCUUUGGACUGGCAAUUGUAAUACCAGCAUUGCAGUCUUUCAUUGCUGAUAGCUACAUGGAUGGUACGAGGGGAACUGGAUUUGGUUUGGUGAACCUUAUUGGUAACUUUGGUGGUAUAGGAGGAGGUGUGAUCGCCACAAUUAUGGCUGGCCAGCAGUACUGGGGCAUUCAAGGAUGGCGGUGUGCCUUCAUCAUGAUGGCAACAUUAAGUUCUAUUAUAGGACUUCUUGUUUUUUUGUUUGUUGUUGACCCAAAGAAAACAAUCAGUAUCCCUCGUGACACCCGUGAAAGUUUUGAUAGUUGUUUUGGCUGCAGGAAUGACUUGUUAGAAAGGAGCAAUUGUAGUGUAUCUUCCAUUUGGACAGAGUCUUGGACAGCCAUGCAAGUUGUUGUGAGAGUGAAAACAUUUCAGGUUAUUGUUUUGCAGGGCAUUGUUGGUACUCUACCAUGGACUGCCAUGGUGUUCUUCACUAUGUGGUUUGAACUAAUAGGUUUUGAUCAUAGAAGCACUGCAUUCCUCCUCAGUCUCUUUGCCAUUGGAUGUUCAUUGGGGGCCCUCCUUGGUGGAUUCAUCACUGAUAGGAUGUCGCAUAUUUACCCGCACUCUGGUCGCAUCAUGUGUGCACAAUUUAGUGCCAUAAUGGGCAUUCCAUUCUCUUGGUUUCUUCUUAAAGAAAUUCCUCUGUCAGUAAACAGUUAUUUCACUUUUGCCGUUACACUUUUCCUGAUGGGCCUGACUAUCAGCUGGCUCGGCCCUGCUGUCAAUGCGCCAAUGUUCGCCGAGGUAGUCCCUGUGAAGCACCGAACCAUGAUAUAUGCAUUUGAUCGUGCUUUUGAAGGAUCACUCUCUGCUUUUGCUGCACCCUUGGUUGGAAUUCUUUCAGAAAAUAUUUUUGGGUAUGAUUCAAAAUCUGUUGAUCCACUUAAAGGUUCUAUCAAGCAGGCUUCUGCAUUGUCGAAGGGGCUUCUUUCGAUGAUGACAGUUCCAUUUGGUUUGUGUUGCUUGUUCUACGCUCCAUUGUACAAGUAUUUUAGGCGGGAUCGUGAAACUGCCAGAAUGGCAAGUUUAAAGGAGAUGGAGAUGACACGAGAAGCAUUGUAAGGACUAAUCACUGUAACUAUACAUUUUUUUUUUUCCGGAAAUGAUGUCUUUUGCUUGAUCA